AUGACUCGAGCUUCAAGAAUCAUACUCAACACCUUUGAUGACCUCGAGGCUCCGAUUCUCUGUCACAUUGCCCCUCUCUUUUUGAAUAUUUACACAAUUGGUCCACUCAAUGCUCUUGUCAAAACCCAAAUUGGGGACGAUGUCGUCUUGCAGUGUUUAUCCUCCUCUAGUAACUUAUUGAAACCAGACCAUAAUUGCAUAACAUGGCUAGAUUCCCAGCCAUUAAGAUCUGUUGUUUUUGUUAGCUUCGGAAGCAUAGCAAGGGUGACACGUGGUCAAUUGUUGGAGUUUUGGUAUGGUGUGAAAGGGGAUGACAUGAUCCCGGCAGAGCUUGAGGAGGCCACAAAAGAAAGGGGAUUUGUGGUGGAUUGGGCCCCACAAGAAGAUGUUCUAGCCCACCCAGCUAUGGGUGGGUUUUUCACCCACAGUGGUUGGAACUCGGUUGUAGAAAGCAUUGAUGCUGGGGUGCCUAUGAUUUGUUGGCCCCUAUUUGGGGACCACCAACUUAAUAGUAGAUGGGUUAGUGAAGGGUGGAGGAUUGGGCUUGAAAUGAAGGAUACAUGUGAUAGAUCAACCAUUGAGAUGAUGAUAAAAACCCUUAGGAAACAUAGAAGGGAGGAAAUCAUCUACUCCAUGGACCAAUUUUCAAAAUUGGCUCAUGAUUCUGUUAGCCCAAGUGGAUCCUCCUACAAGAACUUGGAGAAGCUUAUUGAAGACUUGAGAAGAAUAUGA